GGUCAGAGACUGCAGACAUACUACAGAAGAUGGUCAGAGACUGCAGACAUACUACAGAAGAUGGUCAGAGACUGAAGACAUACUACAGAAGAUGGUCAUAGACUGCAGACAUACUACAGAAGAUGGUCAGAGACUGCAGACGUACUACAGAAGAUGGUCAGAGACUGCAGACAUACUACAGAAGAUGGUCAGAGACUGCAGACAUACUACAGGAGAUGGUCAGAGACUGCAGACAUACUACAGGAGAUGGUCAGAGACUGCAUACAUACUACAGGAGAUGGUCAGAGAUUGCUGCAGACAUACUACAGGAGAUGGUCAGAGACUG